AUGUCUGAGUCAGAAGCAAGUUCUCCAACGAUAUGGGAAGAGCUCAUGAGCCCGCUCAACCUUGUGUUAAUAGCAAUUAUCGUGUAUCUCGUGUAUAAAAUUAUAAAAUCGAACUUUGAAUCUGAUGUGACCGUGGCCCCAUCCCCGCCAAGACUGCCGAAACUGAGGAAGGACAUGACAGUAGCCGAAAUAAAGAAUUAUGACGGAACGCAACCAGACGGAAGAGUUUUGUUGGCUGUUAAUGGAAUCAUUUUUGAUGUUACCCCUGGCAAGAGAUUCUAUGGACCCGGUGGCCCGUAUUCAGCGUUCGCUGGUAAAGACGCUACAAGAGGUUUAGCUACAGGACAAGUAGCUGGUUCAGAGACUGAGUACGAUGACUGCAGUGAUCUUGGACCUGAUGAAGUUGAAUCUGCCAAAGAAUGGGAAGAACAGUUCAGAGCAAAGUAUGACAUUGUGGGACGGCUUCUGAAACCGGGAGAACAACCAAACACUUACAGUGAUGAUGAGUCUGAAGAGAAAAAAGAAGAGAAACCAGAAGAAAAGAAAUCUCAAUAA